UAACAGAGUAAAAUAUAGAUCAGACUGUAUUUGGCCCAAUGGCAGAGAUAUUGACGCUGAUUAUCCUUCUUGCUUUAUAUUUAUCCGUCUCUGGAGUGUUGUCGUUGAGUAUCCUUACCAUAGAGAACAAAUGCGACCAAACCGUGUGGCCAGUACUGUACUCGUGGACGUCCCCCCAUGUGACCACCACCGGUUUCGCUCUUAAAAAAGGGGAAGCGCGUAACAUACGCGCGCCGUUUUUAUGGUAUGGUCUUAUUUCCGGUAGGACGCUCUGCUCCACCGACACGUCCACAGGGAACUUCUCUUGUGCCACGGGAGACUGCUCAUCCGGAAAAAUUGAAUGUGCCGACGAUGAUUACAAUUGGUCUACGGCGACGUAUGCCUUCUUUAGACUCGAUGACGGUGGCGUUGACAGCUACACCGUUAGUGUCGAAUACGGUUACAAUCUUCCUAUCAUGGUGGUCCCGUCGAUGAAGAGUCAGACAUGUAUCACGGCCGGUUGUGUAGUUGACUUGAACAAGACUUGUCCACAGGAUCUGAUGAACUUCUCUGGGGAAAAGCUAAUCGCUUGUAGUAGCUCGUGUCAGGAAUCCGGUACACCGGAGAGUUGCUGCCUCAAUGAAUUUAAGUCUAAAGAAAAUUGCAAGCCAACGACGUACACGAAGAACUUCGAGAACGCGUGUCCACUUGCUUAUAUCUAUGCUUAUGACGACAAUAACAGUACUGUCAUUUGCUCAAACUCAACCGAUUAUGUCAUCACGUUUUGCCCUACUUCAAUCAUUCCCAACAUCAGUAACUUCAGAACCUCGAUGGCUCCAUUAGCUGGAGAAAAAAAUAAUUCUCAACGGAAGUUAAACACUAUACUCGGAGUCUCAACAGCUUUAGUUGCAAUUGUCAUGAUUGUUGCCACUGCGGUAAUUGUGAGAACAAAAAGCGCGAGCAGGAGUGGUCGGAACGACGAAAACAUAGAAGCGGCUGUAAUGUUGAAACGCUAUAGUUAUGAAAGUGUCAAGAAGAUGACAAACUCAUUCGCUCAUGUUCUAGGGAAAGGAGGAUUUGGAACAGUUUAUAAAGGAAAAUUACCCGAUGCUAGUGGCCGAGAUAUUGCACUGAAGAUCUUGGAUGGUUCAAAGGGGAAUGGAGAAGAUUUCAUCAAUGAAUUAGCUAGCAUGAGUAGAGCAUCUCAUGUUAAUAUCGUUUCUCUGUUUGGAUUUUGCAAUGAAGGGAGCAACAGAGCUAUCAUUUAUGAGUUCAUGCCGAAUGGGUCCCUUGACAAGUUCAUUUCUAAGACUAUGUCAAAGAAAAUGGACUGGAAAAUUUUAUACAACAUUGCCGUCGGUGUUGCUCGUGGAUUAGAGUACUUGCACAAUAGUUGUGUAUCGAAGAUUGUGCAUUUCGAUAUAAAGCCACAGAAUAUACUCAUGGACGAAGAUUUGUGCCCCAAGAUUUCGGAUUUCGGUCUUGCUAAGCUAUGCAAAAACAAAGAGAGUGUCAUAUCGUUGCUAGACGCGAGAGGGACUAUAGGGUACAUUGCUCCUGAGGUUUUCUCUAAGAACUUUGGAGGAGCUUCCCAUAAGUCAGAUGUGUAUAGUUAUGGAAUGGUGGUUCUUGAGAUGAUCGGGGCAAAGGACAUGAAAAGAGUUGGAAACUCUAAGUCCGAUAACGUUUCAAUGUACUUUCCAGAUUGGAUCUACGAGGAUCUCGAGAGGAGAGAAACCAUGAAGUUUUUUGGAGAUAAUAUAAUGGAAGAAGAAAAGAAGAUAGUGAAGAAAAUGGUAUUGGUGGGUCUGUGGUGUAUUCAGACAAAUCCAUCUGAUCGUCCACCAAUGAGAAAAGUCGUUGAAAUGUUAGAGGGAAGUCUAGAAGCCCUCCAGGUACCACCUAAACCUCUCUCAAAUUUACCGUUUGUAACCGCUUGGGAAAGUGUUCAAGAUAGUCAAGAAACAUCUAGUUUCUCGAUACCAAGAUAGUCAAGAAACUUAUAGUUUCUCGAUACCAAACCAGCAAGAGAGAAGAACUCUAUAAUGUACGCUUAAUAUGAUUAGAUCACAUAAUUUUUUUGUAAUUUUUGUUGUAUUUUGGUAUGAAGUUGUGGUGAACUUAUAUGAUGUAAAAUAGAUGCUAAGAUUAUUAAGAUU